CUCCCGAGAGCUCUCCCUCCAUCCUCCCUCCCUCCCGCUUGCUCUCCGUCUCUCUCUUGCUACCGAGGGCUCCCACAGCAGUUCCCAGCCAGUGUGUUCAGCCUGCCUGCCUGCCUGCCUGCCUCUGUGUGUGUGUGUGUGUGUGCGCGCGCGUGUGCGAGCGUGUGCGUGCGGCUACUUUGUACUGUGAAGAACACAGCCCAUGUGCUCUGCAUGGACGUUACUGCUACUCUGUUUAGCUUGAUUUUCGACAAGCAGGCAAGAUGUCCAGCACACCACAUGACCCCUUCUAUUCUUCUCCUUUUGGCCCAUUUUAUAGGAGACAUACACCCUACAUGGUACAACCAGAGUACCGAAUCUAUGAGAUGAACAAGAGACUGCAGUCGCGCACAGAGGACAGCGACAACCUCUGGUGGGAUGCGUUUGCCACCGAGUUUUUUGAAGAUGACGCCACAUUAACCCUUUCCUUUUGUUUGGAAGAUGGACCAAAGCGAUACACUAUCGGCAGGACCCUCAUCCCCCGUUACUUUAGCACUGUGUUUGAAGGAGGAGUGACUGACCUGUAUUACAUUCUCAAACACUCAAAAGAAUCCUACCACAACUCAUCCAUCACGGUGGACUGCGACCAGUGUGCGAUGGUCACCCAGCACGGGAAGCCCAUGUUUACCAAGGUGUGUACAGAAGGCAGACUGAUCUUGGAGUUCACCUUUGAUGAUCUCAUGAGAAUAAAAACAUGGCACUUUACCAUUAGACAAUACAGAGAGUUAGUCCCAAGAAGCAUUCUUGCCAUGCAUGCACAAGAUCCUCAGGUCCUGGAUCAGCUGUCCAAAAACAUCACCAGGAUGGGGCUAACAAAUUUCACCCUCAACUACCUCAGGUUGUGUGUAAUACUGGAGCCAAUGCAGGAACUGAUGUCCAGACAUAAAACUUACAACCUCAGUCCACGAGACUGCCUGAAGACCUGCUUGUUUCAGAAGUGGCAGCGGAUGGUGGCGCCACCAGCAGAGCCCACAAGGCAACCGACAACGAAACGGAGAAAAAGAAAAAAUUCCACCAGCAGCACCUCCAACAGCGGCGCUGCGAACACCGCCAACAGCGCGGGCAGCAAGAAGAAGGCGCCAGCCGCCAACCUGAGUCUGUCCAGUCAGGUACCUGAUGUGAUGGUGGUAGGAGAGCCAACUCUGAUGGGAGGUGAGUUUGGGGACGAGGACGAAAGGCUAAUCACUAGAUUAGAAAACACGCAGUAUGAUGCAGCCAACGGCAUGGACGACGAGGAAGACUUCACCAGUUCACCCGCCCUGGGGAACAGCAGCCCAUGGAACAGUAAACCUCCCGCCACUCAAGAGACCAAAUCAGAAAACCCCCCACCCCAAGCUUCCCAGUAAGAUUGACCAGCUCCAGAAUCCACUGUCAAUAGCCACCGUGGGUUACACUCACUAUUUCACAUCCUUACUCACAGGAGAGGAAGGAGGAGACAUUAAAACUUUUCCAAGCAAAUACCGAUUUCUAAACCACAGUGAUCUGAGUUUCUCUCUUUCGUUUUUUUAAUUGGGAGGAUCAUUCCCAGUAAACUUCCAUGACCCCUCCCUGGAGGCCUUCACAGGUAACACAGAUACUGGCACUGAUCGUAAUUAAAGUAAGAGCAAACGCUAGCGCUUCUCCUGGCUCGGUUUUAACCACGUUUGUUAAUUUCAUUUCCCGCCC